AUGUAUCUCCGUCGUGCACAGCCCUCGGAUGAGCCCGCCAUCGCCUCAAUCUUCACACGCGCCUUUUUGGACGAAGAUCUUUUUGGCCGUGUAAUGCACCCCCACCGAAAGCAGUACCCCAACGACAUGCAACUCUUCUGGCACGAAUGGCUCCGCCAUGACUGGCAAAGUCCACGCAGCAGAGUCCUCGUCGUCUGGCGCCGGCCAUCUGAAGCUUCUACCGAAGAACAAAUCCUCGGCGCAGCCCUCUGGCAGCGCCAAGGCGACGAUGCCGGCGCCCAAAAAGUCAUGCAAGAAAGCCCACCACCACCUGACGCCGCCUCAUUUCCCCCGCUUCAAAUCACCCAAAACCGCGCUGCAGACCCCUCGAAAAAGAACAUCAUGGAAGCCGCCGCCCCCUUUACCAAACACCACUGGACGGGAUCCCGCGCAAACAACUGGUACCUUUCUCUCUGCGGCGUCGACCCGGAUUUCGCGGGCCACAGCAUAGGCAAAAUGCUAGUGGCAUGGGGCCUGGAUCAAGCGAGGCAAGAAGGCAUCGCGGCGAGCGUGCUGACGAGCCCAGGGACGAAUGCCUUUUAUCUCAAGUGCGGCUUCGACGACAUUGUCGGGAAUGCGUGUGAGGGCGAGGGGAAUCCGCUUGCCGAGGCGGGUGUGCAGGGAGGCGAUGUACUGUUCAUGUGGGGGAAGGAGGGAAGGACUGAAUAG